UGCACACCACACUGUCUCCGCUGCUCCGCCGCCGCCGCCGCCGCCGCCGACCGAAUCUGCAGGUUUCCUGUUUGGUGGUUUAAGCUUUUCUUGUAUGUAGGUCGACCUGCAAAAAUGGCUGCCAAGAGUGUUGGCGAGGAGUUCGUUGAUCACCGUUUGCUAAGUCGACUUCACCAUUUUCCCGAUUCAAAAGAUUUACCAAUACCUCUCAAUAUGGUAGCUUACAGUGCAGACGAUCCUCCUUGUCAGACGACACAGUGCACAAACGUGGCGGUCCAGCAAUACAACGCCCACCAGGUGGAUGAUAAGAAGAAGAUAAAUAAUGCAGUUGGAGUUGACAGCAACAUAUUCAUCUUGAACCCGAGGGACCCAAUCAGCUACUGGCACUUGUACUUCAAGGGAACUGUUGGACGGAAACGGUUGAGGUACUUUGCUGAGCUGAGUGGCGAAAGAGGACCCGAGAUUCUAAGGAUAUGUGAGGUGGUGGAUAAAACAAGAGCUUCCGUUGUGAAUUGCGACCACUGCUUCGGAGGGAUUUGGCACCCUCUAGGAGGAUUCAUUGGGUCGAAGCAUGUUGUAUGCAUGUAGCCGAGAGCCCCAGAUUUGAUUCAUUUUGGCGAGUUUGUGGAUCUAGCUAGCAGAUGGAUUUUGCUGUCUAUGUGUUCGAUCAGCUCUUUGUAUUAAUCUGUAGUGAUUUGGUUGUGCACAUUCUCAGUUGGGUGGACGCCAGAACUUGGCCCUUUCAUUAUCCCACAGGAUGACGUGGAUUGAUUAGACAA